AUCUGUCACUCUGGGGCAUUGUUAUUUAUAUUAUUUCCGUCGUAUCUCAAUUGCAAAUUACUUAUUUAGCAUCAUCUCAUUCUACUUUUUUGUUAAUAUGAUACAAGUGAUCGUGCUCGGUGCAUGGGCGUUGCAUUUCUCGUAGUGUAUUCCGUAUCCAUUGGGUUCUUAGGCUAAUACUGCAAACACAGAUCACUGAGGAUGACAUUGAUAGAAGGAGUGGGUGAUGAAGUGGUCCAAUUCAUGGCCGCACUGGCGGUGGUGGGCGUCGGCAUGCUGGCCUGGUGGUCCACCAACGCCCGGCCGGACCGCUACCGGACCGUGCUGGUCAUGCGGUCGCGCGCACAUCCUGUCACAGUCAGCAUACGGCCUAGCCCUAGGCCUGCAACAAUCGUCGCAAGUACAGUUGCCACGGUUUCCACGCCAGCUUCUACCUCUGAAUCAAAUGGAAGCACAGAGGAGGCGCCCCGGGACAACUCCAGGGUGAUCCCCCUGCAGGAGAUGGACAGCAUCGUGGACGCCGACAUGGCCAUGAUGGACAACAAUCGUCUGCACUUCUACAGGAGGAUUGACUCCCCCCACACGCCGCUGUUGACGCCAGAGUCAUCAGGCGACGAGGUGGAAGAGGAGCGGGCACGCGCGGGCGCCGCGCAGAUGCAGGAGAUGGACAGCAUCGUGAGCGCCAUGGAGGCCGACGUCACUGCGCGGGACCUGUUCACGCCAGGUCAGUCGACAAACUCCUCCAAGGCGGGAGCCAAAGGCGACACAAAGGAUAAUAAAGAAGAAUCCGAACCCGACGUCGCCGCCGUCGCCGCCGACACCGCCGACGCCGACGCCGACGCCGACGCCGACGCCGACGCCGACGCCGACGCCGCGGCGAGGAAGAUACACAUCAAACUUAAAUAUCUUAACGAUACGCUCAAAGAGGUGGAGGGGAGUCUAGACGAGUUACUUAAGGACUUUAAAUGGCGGCAUUUCUCCGUGGAGCUGUCCGCGGAGUCCCGCGUGCGGCUCAUCUUCAACGGGCGGGUGCUGCUCGACGACGGGCUGACGCUGCGCGCGUGCGGCCUGCACGACCGCGCCGUCGUGCACUGCCUGGUGCACCCCAAGCGCGCACCACCCGCACAGACUCUGAAUCCAGAGGAGACGGGCACAGCUGAGUUGGUGACGGAUGGCACGCCGCCCGAGCGCGCCUGGGACCUGGAGAACAUCCUCAUGACGCUCGUGUCCGUGGCUCUCACCGUUGUCUGGUUCUUCAGGUGCGAAUAUUCGAACAUGUUCACGGCGAGCGCGAGCGUGGCGCUGUUCGGGCUGACGGUGUUCUACAGCGUGGCCAUCUUCGGCCUGUACCUGUCCGACACCUUCCACUUCGAGCGGCGGCCGCAGCCCGUGCCCAACAACUAGGAACCUUAUUAUCUAAGCCGUUAGGUCGUUUUCAGGCUGCGAUACUAAACCGAUAUAAGCGAUGACGCUCAGCUCUGGUGGCUUAUUUCAGGGGUCGGCAAACAUUUGAGGAGAACCAACCGCAGUAGAAAUCACCAGUUUAAGGAAUCU